AUGGACAGGCCGAUGAUAUUGGACGGUGACUUCGGAGCUGAAUUGCGACACCAUUUCCAGCAAGCCCAAAAAUUUGGUAAAGCUUUCACUUUACAUGCCCUCCAGGCCGAUCUGUUCGCCGUGUACAAAACUCACUUGGCUUAUUUGCGCGCUGGCGCCCAAAUAAUAAGAACUAAUACGUAUCAAGCGUCCAUAGGAGCCCUUAAGAAACAUUUGGAUCUCGAUCCGAGUGAGUCUUUGUUAAAGAUACACGAUGCCGUGAGGAUGGCCAAACAGGCCGUGACGACAUAUGAUGAGGAGAUGGGCCGGGACCCAAGUUCCGAAGAAUAUCAAUUGGGCAGACCUUUAGUGGCUGGAUCUUGCGGCAGUUACAUGGUUUCGACUCUAGAUGAUAUAUCUGAUAAGAGCAACGUAUCUACGGAUGUCACGGGUCAGUUGUCGUCGUAUUAUCUGUUUUCGUUUCACGAAUUGCGCGUGCAAGCGUUGUUGGAGGCUGGCGUCGAUCUGUUGGCAUUCGAGUCUAUACCCAGUUUGUUCGAAGUUACUACAAUAACUAGAGUCUUAAAAAAGUAUCCGAAUGCUCGCGCUUGGAUUACGCUCUAUUGCCUGGCGGACACCAAACUGAUGGAUGGGAAUGAGUUUGAAAAAGUAGCUACAUACUGUCACGAUUCCCUGCCGAAUCAAAUUAUCGCGGUCGGUGCGGAAUGCGCAUCGCCAGAGACAAUUGUAUCCGUGAUGCGAAGCCUCAACGACCGUAGAUAUUCUAAGAUUGUAUUUCUGUUGUGUGCUCACCAACGUUAUUUACACACCAAGGUAGGCAGUGGUAAAUCUAACACGGCUCUGUCGCACAAUUACGUGCAGCAGUGGUGGGACGCCGGAAUACGUUUCAUCGGUGGUGGUACCGACACGGUUGCGAAGGAUAUAAAGAAGGUUUGCAAAAAAGUGGAGGGUUUCAACGUAGCAAAUGACAGGUUCUUCACUUCUCUCAUGUCAUUGUUGUACCAAAAUAAAGAAAAUCUGUCGAAGAUGUAA